UCGAAAAGAAAAUGUAAAAUAACUUAUUUAUGAAGUUAAGUAUUCCAAAAUUACAAUAAUCUUGAAAAUGUUUGUGAAAACUAUUUGCUGUAUUCUAAGAAAUUCAAGAGCAGAACUGAUUUUCCAACGAACAUUAAGUUCUGCUCCUGACCCAGUUCCUAGCACCCAGUUAAAAGAAUUGUCUGAUUAUUCUACAAGACUACUGAAAGUAGCUAUCAUUGGGACUCCAAACGCUGGCAAAAGUACAUUUAUAAACAGUUUAAUGGAUAGGAAGGUCUGUGCUACAUCAUCUAAAGUUCAUACGACACGAGGCAAAGCCAUGGCUGUUUUUACAGUUGACGAUGCACAAAUUGUAUUCAUCGACACCCCUGGAUUAGUUAACGAUAAAGAGAAAAAGAAGUAUAAUUUGGAAAAGUCUUUUUUGAAAGAUAGUCGAAGUGUCUUGCAUCAAGCCGAUGCAGUUGGAGUUAUACAUGAUGUUUCGAAUGUCUGGACGAGGGAAAGGCUAGACAUAAAAAUAAUAAAAUUGUUAUUUAUGAACCCAAAUGUACCCAGUUUUCUAGUCAUGAAUAAAAUUGAUAUUCUAAAAUCGAAACGAAAAUUGUUAGAUUUGACCAGACAGUUAACUGAAAAUUGUUUAAAUGGUAAACUGAUUCCGGGAUCUUCUAAAAUAAAAAAAGAAACAAAUGAUGCGAGCAAAGGAUGGCCAAAUUUUCAAGAUAUAUUUAUGGUCUCCGCCUUAACAGGUAAUGGGAUGUCCGAGAUCAAAAAUUAUCUUAUAAAGCAAGCGAAGCCAGGUAAAUGGAUGUUUCCCGAACAAGUUUGGACAGAUCAGGAUGCGGAACAGGUAAUCACUAAAGCAGUACAGGCCAAACUACUGGAUUUUCUGCCACAAGAAAUACCUUAUCAUUUGAAACCAGAAAUAGAAUAUUUCGAUAUAAACAAAGAUGGAGCAAUUUGCACCGCUGUUGCGAUUAUCUGUCCUACAGAAAGAAUAGCCAGGCUAGUAGCUGGCGCUUCGGACGGAAAAUUGAAACAGAUCACAGAAAGCCUUCAGGGCGACCUUCAAAAUGCAUUUCAGAAUCAUGUUCGGCUCAAACUUAUCCUAAAAUCAUCUAAGUCGUAAUGUAAUGUAAAUUGAUAUACGUAUAAGGGAAAAAUAUAAUUUUAUUACUUAC